AUGGUCAAUGGCUCUGAGUUGCCAUUCCGCUUGCUCGUGCGGCGCCUGAACGCGGGGGCUGUGCGGCUGUGCUACUCCCCGAUGUUGUACUGCAGCAAAGUACUGCAGGACGCCUCGGAUGGAAUGCUGCGACAGCAUUUUCUGAUCGAAUCGGACGAGGACCGGCCGCUGAUAGUACAGCUGGCCUCGAAUAGCCCAGAGGAACUCGCGGCUGCUGCGAAGACCGUGGCACCGUUCUGUGAUGGUGUUUGCCUGAAUCUGGGCUGCCCGCAGUGGUUUGCAGAGCGCUGUCAGCUGGGCGCCUUCUUGUUGGAGAAGCCCGGCCUUUGCGCUGAGCUGGUCCGCGCGCUUGCGAUGGCCGUGGGACAGGAGAAAGCUGUGUGCUGCAAGAUUCUUCUCCUGGAUGGUGAGACGUCGAAAGAACGUCAGGUGCGAACCGUGGCCCUUGCGCGGCUGCUGGCUGAUGCAGGUUGUACACUCCUGGCCGUACAUGGCCGCACGCGGGCUCAGAAAAACGAUGGGCCCGUGGACUAUGCCGCCAUUCGCGAGGUUCAGGCAGCAGUGGACAUUCCUGUGCUGGUGAAUGGAGGCAUCGCCAGCCGCUCACACGCUGAUUCCGUACUGCAGCAAACAGGAUGCGCGGCAGCCAUGAUUGCCACGGCAUUUCUGGCGAACCCCAGCCUCUUGUGCAGCGACGCGGCCACAGGAGGAAGCCCCGCCAUCGCGUGCGAACAGGCGCACAGCUACGUGGACUUGUGCCAUGAGCUGGAGGGACCUGAUCAGCCAUGGGCACAGCUCCCACUACAUCUAGGCCACCUGCUGAAGCGCCAUCUUCGUGAGAAGGAGGCGACGAGCACCACAAAGCGCACAGGGCGCUACGAGUUCCUGAAGCGGCUCUCCAAGGGCGACCCUCCCGAUGGCUUUUCACCUUGUGGCCUUGAAGAAGCUGCGCUGCUGCUGCGGAACUUUGCGCCUCGGGCGGUGUCUUAG